AUGAACAAGGUGGUGAAGGCGCUGGGCUUCAAAGUACUGCUGCUGGCCGCGGGGUGGCUGGUGAAGUACGCCUUUGAGGCGGCGCGCGUCUCCCGCAGCCUCCAGCACACCGUCGGCGCCUGGCACGACGCGGGGCCGCACACCACGAGUGUCGGGCAGGUGCGCCAGCUCCUGGCCGACCUCUGGGUGCUGGCCGCCUGCGGACCCCUCAGGGAGUGCGGCGUCCUUGCCGGCCAAGACGGCUGGUGGACGGUGUUCUGGGGCCUGAGGAAGGCGGGGGAGCGCCUUGCCUGCCUUCAGCAGAGCGUGGCGCUGGCCCACGAGGAGCACGAGGCCUUCACAAGCAAUCUUGUGCUGCGUUCAGGGCGGGCCCAGAUGUGGAAGGAGUUUGCCUCGGCCGAGGAGGAGUUGGAGGAGUAUGCCUCGGCUGAGGAGGAGUUGGAGGAGGAGUAUGCCUCGGCUGAGGAGGAGUAUGCCUCGGCUGAGGAGAAGUUGAUGGAGGAGGAGGAGUAUGCCUCGGCUGAGGAAAGGGAGGAGGAGGGGGAAUAUGCCUCGGCUGAGGAGGAGGAGGUGGAAAAGGUGGAGUUUGCCUUGGCUGAGGAGGAGGAGGAGGAAUUCUCCUCAGCUGAGGAGAAGGAGGAGGAGAAGAAGGAGAUAGAGUUUGCCUCCACUCUGGAGGAGAAGAAGCAGCCUGAGGUCGCCACUGAAGUUGACACGAAGUUGAACGAAGGUGCAUCCUGCACAGAAGAGAUGGCGAACUUGGCGGCUGUUCUGGAAGGCGAAGAUUCACGCCCAUCAGAGGACCCAUUGGAGGACAAGGUCGAGGACCGUCAGGAGGACGUGCCUGACAGCCUCAGCGACGCCUCCCAUCCGCCUCGUCCCACCCAGAAAAACAAGGAAGUGGUGGCCAAGACCUGGGCUGAGGAGGUGGACGACGCCUUCCCUAUCCCCGAAGAGUGCCUGCAGCACUACGGCCCCGACGAGUGGUCGCUGGCGACCGGCCACAUGAGGAACCGAAGGAAGCACAAAGACGCGGCGGGCCAGCAGGACGACACCGAGACUCGGUGCAGGGACUCAGGCACUCAGACACCACCUUCAGGCACACAGAGACGCCCUUCAGGAACACAGGGACGCCCUUCAGGAACACAGGGACGCCCUUCAGGCACACAGUGCCGCCCUUCAGGAACACAGUCCCUACCUGCAGGGACUCGGUUCCAGGGUCCUAAGAGUCAAGGCCGCCCUUCAGGCGCGCGCAGAAGACAUCGUAAGCGCGCAUCAGGCACGCUGGGACAGGGAGUGUCACCAAGAGCCCAGACUUAUACUGUGGCGCCCCAGCCCGCGCCCCUCACCCGGUGCUUGGCCGAGGUGGUGAAGGCGCCCAGGCCUGAGGCGGCGGCGGGGACACCCUGCCAUCCUCACACCCAGGCCCGCCCUUCAGGCACACAGACGCGCCUUGCAAGUGGUCAGGCCCGCCCUCCAGGGACUCAGGCCCGUCCGGCAUGUAGCAAGGCCCUUCCCUCGGGGACUCAGGCCCGCCUGGCAUGUGGUCAGGCUCGCCCUGCAAGUGGUCAGUCCCUCCCUUCGGGGACCCAGGCCCGCCCGGCAUGUGGCAAGGCCCGCCCUGCAUGUGGCAAGGCCCUCCCUUCGGGAACUCAGGCCCGCCCUGCAAACGGCCAAGUCCUCCCUCUAGAGACUCGGACCCGCCCUUCAGGUACGCGUAGAAGGCAUCGUAAGCGCGGAUCAGGCACACUGGCCCAGCGAGUGUGUCCACGGGUCCAGACUUACACAGCGGCGCCCCAGCCCGCGCCCCUCACCCGGUGCUGGGCCGCGGUGGUGAAGGCGCCCAGGCCCGAGGCGGCGGUGACACCCUGCCCCCCUGACACCCAUGCCUUCUCUUCAGGCAACCAGGCCCGCCUGUCAGGCAAACAGGCCCUCUCUUCAGGCAACCAGGCCCGCCUGUCAGGCAAACAGGCCCUCUCUUCAGGCAACCAGGCCCCCCAAUCAGGCAACAAGGCCCAUUCUUCAGGCAACCAGGCCCGCUAUUCUGGAAACCAGGCCCAUUCUUCAGGCAACCAGGGCCGCCAAUCAGGCAACAAGACCCAUUCUUCAGGCAACCAGGGCCGCCAAUCAGGCAACAAGACCCAUUCUUCAGGCAACCAGGCCCGCCAAUCAGGCAACAAGACCUAUUCUUCAGGCAACCAGGGCCGCCAAUCAGGCAACAAGACCCAUUCUUCAGGCAACCAGGGCCGCCAAUCAGGCAACAAGACCUAUUCUUCAGGCAACCAGGCCCGCCAAUCAGGCAACAAGACCUAUUCUUCAGGCAACCAGGGCCGCCAAUCAGGCAACAAGACCCAUUCUUCAGGCAACCAGGCCCGCCAUACUGGAAACCAGGCCCGCUAUUCUGGAAACCAGGCCCAUUCUUCAGGUAACCAGGCCCGCUAUUCUGGAAACCAGGCCCAUUCUUCAGGUAACCAGGCCCGCUAUUCUGGAAACCAAGCCCGUCAUUGUGGCAACCAGACCCGCCAUUCUGUUCAGCGGCCACCUCAUGGUUAAUUCGACGCCUGAUGAUGAUGAUUAUGACAUAAGUUUCAAAUGAAGAGAGUUUCACAAUUUUCUGUAUAUUUCAUGAUUUCUUGAUUUCAUAAUUUAUCGGACUUAU